GCCGCCGCCCCGGCGCCCCGAGCCGGCCGCCGCCUCUCCCCUCCGGCAUGUUUUAAGCCCGGCCCUGCCCGCUCCCCUUCGGGCUUCCCUACCCGCCGCCGUCGGGUCCCGUCCCGUUCCCCCCGCUCCGGUCCGUGCGCAUCCCCCUCGAAGGGCCGGCGGCUGGGGGGCCGCGGGGGCGGUGGGCGCCCGCGGGGGGCGAGGGCAGAAAAGCCCCGCUCGGCACGAUGGCGUCCAGCUAUGCCCACGCCAUGGAGAGGCAGGCCCUGCUGCCCGCCCGCCUCGACGGCCCCGCCGGCCUGGACAAUUUACAAGCCAAGAAGAACUUCUCCGUGAGUCACCUGCUGGACCUGGAGGAGGCGGGCGACAUGGUGGCCGCCCAGGCGGAGGAGGGCGGCGGCGAGCCCGGCCGGAGCUUGUUGGAGUCCCCCGGGCUGACCAGCGGCAGCGACACCCCGCAGCAGGACAAUGAUCAGCUGAACUCAGAAGAGAAGAAGAAGAGAAAGCAGAGAAGGAACAGGACUACCUUCAACAGCAGCCAGCUCCAGGCAUUAGAGAGAGUCUUUGAGAGGACACACUACCCCGAUGCCUUUGUACGGGAAGACCUUGCACGCAGAGUCAACCUCACUGAAGCCAGAGUUCAGGUGUGGUUCCAGAACCGGAGAGCCAAGUUCCGCCGGAACGAGAGGGCGAUGCUGGCCAGCAAGAAUGCCUCUCUGCUCAAAUCCUACUCAGGGGACGUGACCGCCGUGGAGCAGCCCAUAGUACCUCGCCCAGCUCCGAGACCCACUGAUUAUCUCUCCUGGGGCACCGCCUCGCCUUACAGUGCCAUGGCCACCUACUCCGCUACGUGUACCAACGCCAGCCCGGCGCAGGGCAUGAACAUGGCCAACAGUAUUGCCAACCUGAGACUGAAGGCAAAGGAAUAUAGUUUACAGAGGAAUCAGGUGCCCACAGUCAAUUAACGACUGGAGGCAGCUGCCUUGCAGAAGGAGAAAAUGCAACAGCACCCGUCCUGCUUCGCAACUUGUCUGUGCUGAACUAAAAAAAAAAAAAAAGAAAAA